CCCUCUGUGCCUCUAUCCGGCCGCGAGCUCUCCUCGCGAGAGACUCAGCGCUCAUGCUCGCGGCGGGGGUCGGAGGUCAAGGCGAGCGUUUCCCGGGCCACGGCAGGAAGAUGGCGGUGGAGUCGCGCGUUACUCAGGAGGAAAUUUAGAAGGAACCGGAGAAGCCCAUCGACCGGGAGAAGACGUGCCCCCUGCUGCUGCGUGUCUUCACCACCAACAACGGCCGCCACCACCGAAUGGACGAGUUCUCCCGCGGAAACGUGCCGUCCAGCGAGCUGCAGAUCUACACUUGGUUGAAACUUUGGGAUUGUAAAAAAAUUGACAAACAGAGGCGGCUCCCACCAUUAGAGCUGCUUGAUGUAAAAAUAGGUCCAGAAUUAAAUGCGGUGGCGGCUAGAGGAGCGUGGACCCUGCAGUCGCAGAAGUUCCAAAUAGGAGAUUAUUUGGACAUAGCGAUCACCCCUCCAAAUCGGGCACCACCUUCUUCAGGGCGCCUGAGACCAUAUUAAAUUUUAUCUACUGUUCUUCAAUUAUUUUUCAUUCAGUUAUGUAAAAUAAACUUUCUCCUUUCUUCGUUGCCAUUAAGCCUUUAAACUCUGAACAAAUUGUAUUGCAUCUAUUUAGGAGUUAGAUUUGGCUAUGCUUCUGUAUGGAUAUCCAUAGAAAGUCCU